AUGGAUAUCAAUGCCCUUCUUAAAUUUAUUAAGCCUUACGAUGCAGUAGAGAAAAUCUUAACGCUUUUAUUAUUAAAUGCACUAGCUAUGGACCUGGCGUCAGAUGUUCAAAAACCAAUGCUUUUUAAGUACAUUAUUAAUUCCUUAGAGGGAAAGGCUGCUACUACAUGUGCAAUAAAAGAAUUUAAUGACUGGUCCCAAUUGAAAGAAUUCUUAAAAACCCAGUUUAGUGAACAUAAACACUACACACAUUUACUAACUGAGUUACAGGAAAGUAAACAAGGUGUAAACGAACCGGUAAGUCAAUUUUCAUUACGUGUCGAAACGUCUUUAUUUAAUUUGUUAACAGAAAUCUCUUUAGGUAAUUACCCACAAAAGGAGAUACCAGGUCGUAUUGCCUCUACGGAGGACCUGGCCCUCCAUCACUUCCUCAUGGGCCUAUUACCUAGACUUUCAAACUUAGUUAGAGCUCGAAAUCCUAAAAGUUUAAAUAGCGCAGUAAACUUAGCGAUGUCUGAAGAAAAGAUCCAGAAUAGCCAAUUCGCUAAACGCAAUAAGUCAAAGUCAGCCUCACCCUAA